GGUUUUACCUAAUCUGUGACUUUAAAUCUCUACCUCCAUGAUGCAUUUUGCCUCUCUGCUAAGAUUGGUUGUUAGAAGUUCUCUGCACAAUUCUGAUUGGUAGUUGGAAAACCCUUGAGAACAUUUGAUUGGUUGUUAGAAAUCCCAGGGCACUCCUAAAUGUGUUUUUGCUCCUUCCUCUUAAGUAUGUAAAUUUCGGAUCAUAUGACUCCCCCUUGCAUUUCAAGAACGCAAAGUACAAACAAGCAUCUUUGUGUAAUCCUUGUAGGGAUGGCAGCCUUUCAUCCUGAGUUGCUGUUGCUUGUGAAUGUGAUCACCCUUGUUUCAGGGCUGCAGGUGAAAACAUCACAUUUUUCCCAGGUGCCUUUCCUCACUGUGUGGAAUGCCCCCACUGCCAACUGCUUCUCUCAGUAUGGUGUGGACCUUGACUUGGGGAUAUUUAACAUCGUCCACAAUCAAAACCAAUCCUUUAUGGGUGACAACAUAACCAUCUUUUAUUCUGACAGGUUUGGUCUGUAUCCCAGAUACUCUGGGCAAGAUCAGGCUAUUAAUGGUGGAGUCCCACAGAAUGCCAGUCUUGAGAAGCACCUAAGAGUUGUUUAUAAAAAUAUCAGCACCGCUAUUCCUGACAGGAAUUUCCCAGGGCUGGCUGUCGUGGAUUGGGAGAACUGGAGACCUUUAUGGGCGAGAAACUGGGACAGUAUGCAGGUAUACAGGGAGGCAUCAAAAGCACUGGUGAGAUUGGACCAUCCAGACUGGAGCCCUGCAAAGGUAGAAGCUGAAGCCCGGGUGCAGUUUGAGGAUGCAGCGAGGAAAUUCAUGGAAGAAACACUGAAACUGGGGAAGCAGGAAAGACCGAAUGGGCUGUGGGGUUACUAUGGUUUUCCCAACUGCUACAACUACUACAGUGACAAAAUCACAAACUACACAGGGGAGUGUCCGGCUAUCGAGAUCAAGAGGAACAACCAGCUGCUCUGGCUGUGGAAAGUCUCGUCUGCUCUGUAUCCUGACAUCUAUCUCAGCCUCAACCUGCGAAAUCUCAGCCAAGAAGUGCUGUUCUACACUCACCACCGCAUCCUGGAGGCCAUGAGAGUAGGGGAUCGGGUGACUCCAUCAGGGCUGCCUGUGUUCACCUACGCUCGCAUCGUCUACACCUACACGUUAGAGUUCCUCUCUCAGGAGCACCUGGUCUACACCAUCGGAGAGAGUGUUGCUUUGGGAUCCACAGGGGUGGUGCUGUGGGGCGACAGCACCUACUCCAAAUCUCGGGCUACUUGUAAUUCUGUCCGGUCCUACAUUGACAACACUCUGGGUCCCUACCUGGUGAAUGUAACAGCAGCAGCCACUUUUUGCAGCCAGAUCAUGUGUUCCUCUAAAGGAAGAUGUCAGAGAAGGAACCUGAACUCCAGGGCCUACCUCCACCUCGACCCUGCCGUGUGGAAGGUGGUGUCUGAGAAGAUGCCCAAUGGACGGACGACCUACAGCGUUUUAGGACAGAUGAAGAGACACCAGGAAACGUUCAAGAGGUUUGAUUUUGAGUGCAAGUGUUACCCUGGGUGGAGUGGUAAGAGCUGCUCCAUACCAAAUCCAGAAUAACAAAGUCAUUUUUCAAAGAAAAUAGUCUCAUGACAGUUACGGUCUAAUAAGUGGCAGUAAAGUCUGUAAAAAGUGUGAAAUUUAAUUUACUGUUUCGCUCACAUGAAGUUAUCAACAAGAGUGCAUGUGAUCCCCUUCACUUCUGUCCAAGUGAAAAGUAUCUGUUAAUUGAUAGAUACUGGAUUUUUCAAAUGAGCACAUCCAAUUGUAAGAGUUUUACCUAGUUCACUGAACAUUUUGUUAAAAAAUAACUAAUUAGACAGAAUUAUUACUUAGAGCAUUUUGAAUUCUUAAUGAUAUAUUUUAAAUCUUUUGUCUUAAAUCCUAUCUGAGUGGGAUCUUUAAUGUAAUAACACUGCAUGGAUUUUCAUUUUAAAGCAAACCCCAAUUAACUGAUGUUUGUGCUUACAAGAUAAAUAUCAUUAACUCUAACAUCUGUUUUGUUGUCCACCUCUAGAAUACCCCUGUGGACAUUUUAUGCUCAUUAAUUAAACAUUUUAA